UCAUGUCAGCCCUCAGUGACACGCAUGAUUAUAAAGAGCAGCGGGAAGGACGAGAAAAUGUCACGUCGUAACUGAAUAACAUGCGUACGUUUUGAUGCGUACGAGUUGUCAGUUGGUCUUCGUUAAUGCUAACAGUAAACGUUUAAGUUCAAACACUUUGCGAAGGAGGCGACAUGUUUACAAAAAACAAAAAGAUUAACUAUAUCCUGAGUCUUGUACCAGGGAAACGGCGUUUCGGGAUUUACCGAUUUUUGCCCAUCUUCUUCUGCAUCGGCGGUGUCAUGGAGUGGGUCAUGAUUAACGUGCGAAUAGGACAAGAGACCUUUUAUGAUGUCUACAGAAGAAAACAAUCUGAGAGGGAAUACCAACAGAAAAUUGAAGAUGGGAUAAAUGUACUUCCAGAAUCAGAACUAAAAUAAACAUUUGUCAUUUAUAAUAAACAAAAACAUAUUUAUUGAAAUCUAAAA